UCCUGCGCAAUAAAUCCCAUCCCUCCUACUUGCCGAAAAGAGGUUAUUACCUUUUUAACCGUAAAAACAGUUACUUUAGCCUAAAAUUCACUUUUUCUACAAUGAGAUUAUAGUUUGAUUGUUUUGUGUGCGAACCGUGUCUUAAAAACACCAGUGCUCCCGUUAAAACCUCGCGUUGGUUCGACUUUAUUGUAGUUUCAGUGACAGCUGGCAAAUAGGCGGUACCAGUUUGUAAGUUUUCUAGAAGAACGGACCCAUUGAUUAAACACCCACGAUGUUGCGAUGAUUUCCACGAAAUAAAACAAGGAUCUAAGGUACACCAUGUCGAAAAACAACAUCAGUGGCUCCCGAAGUGUCUCUUCCACCAGCUGCAACAGCAUAGUCUCUGACUACGAAAUUAUCGACAAUGGGCUAGAAGAUUUGAACUUGAGCAAAAGCCGGCCUUCGUCCACGUCGCGGACGCAGAAGGCGAAACGAAUCAGGUUCUACCACAACGGGAAUAAGUUUUUUAAUGGGGUUGUCAUCCCGGUGGCCCCCGAGAGGUACAGAUCGUUUGAUAGUUUAACGACGGAGUUGACGUCGAUUCUGACGAAGAGUGUGACGUUGCCGAGCGGCGUGCGAAACAUUUUCUCGAUGGAGGGGAAAAAAGUGUGCAGUUUGGAUGACCUGGAAGACGGGAAAGAGUAUGUUUGUAGUGGGAAAGGGGAGCUCUUCAAACGUAUAGAGUACACGAAAACGGACACGCUGAAGACUAAAAGACUGCCCAAUUCAAAGUUUUCUCAUAUCACUUCAUACACUCCGAGAAUUAUACCUCCAGACUGUGUUCGCCCUCGGAUAGUUACGUUAAUUAGAAAUGGCAUCAAACCCAGAAAGAUCCAGCGUUUGCUCUUGAACAAGCGUAACUCAUCGAGUAUGGAACAAGUCCUAAGUGCAUUAACCGAAGCUGCCCAGUUAGAUUCCGGCGCUGUCCGCAAAGUAUUUACGCUUUCCGGGCAACCCGCCACCGAAUUGGCUCAGUUCUUCGCGUCCGAAGAUGUUUUCUUUGUUUACGGCAACGAAAGAUUCUCUCAAGACGAUUUCGAGUUGGAGUUCGAAGAGAGUAAAGCAAUACAGCAAUACAAGAAAACUCCUGGCCUUAAAAAUGGUGCUGGACCUAAACCCAAAAUGCCGAAGAAGGAGUUGAAUCGGACGUACGAAUCUUCGGAGAGUUUGCUGCGGAAGUUAAGCGAAGACAAUAACAUUAUUUUGCCGCUUUCGUUGAGGCAGAAGUACGUGGUGGGGAGGAUGAUAGGAGAUGGUAAUUUCGCGGUGGUGAGGUUGUGCAAAAGUACGAAUUCUGAGGAAGAGUUUGCGUUAAAAAUUAUAGAUAAAUCAAAGUGUAAAGGAAAGGAGGAUAUGAUAGAGAAUGAAGUCAAGAUCUUGAGACAGGUCUGCCAUCCUAAUAUUAUGUCACUAAUAGCUGAACAAGAUACUAAAACAAUGUUAUAUUUAGUGUGCGAAUACGUUAAAGGUGGCGAUCUCUUCGACGCCAUUACAGUUGCUCAAAAAUUCUCCGAAGAACAAGCGGCGCUGAUGAUUAACCAUUUAGUAUCAGCUCUUGCAUACUUACAUAACCUUAAUAUCGUCCAUCGUGACGUGAAACCAGAAAACCUACUGGUCGAAUUUGAAGGAGAAAGGAUCAGGUUGCUGAAAUUGGGCGAUUUUGGCCUAGCUUGCGAAGUAACAAGACCUUUGUUCACGGUUUGUGGUACUCCGACGUAUGUGGCGCCUGAAAUACUUGCCGAAUCGGGAUACGGCUUAAAGAUUGAUGUGUGGGCGGCCGGAGUGAUCCUAUACAUCCUCCUGUGUGGCUAUCCGCCUUUCGUUAGCCAGGAUAACGACCAGGAAAAGCUCUUCGAUUGUAUCUUGUCCGGCCAGUACGACUUUCCGGACGAGUACUGGAAAGACGUUUCGGCUUUAGCUAAAGAGCUUAUUCAAAACAUGCUUCAGCUUGCGCCGGAGUUGCGUUUUUCGGCAGAAGACGUGCUCGAUCACCCUUGGUUAAGUAUAGCAAUCGAGGAUCAAUAAAGUUGCGCUUAUUCCUGAGAA